GACAUAGGGUGAAAUCACGCAAGGCCGAUGACCCCACAUUUUGACCAUAAUCCACGUGACUUUGACGCUCUGAUCCGUUCUAUGCGCUUCUCGCUCUCUCUCGCUUUCUCUCUAUUGGUUCAUUCUCCAGUUCCCUCUUUCUCUCUCUAAUUUGCAAACCCUGAGAAAGCGAAGUGUGCAUUCUGAUGUGAUGCUACGCAGCGACUACGGAGCACAAAAAACCGCAAUGGUGGUGGGAUCGGUGCUAUGCGGUGUGGCCGUGACCAUUCUCCGAUUCGUGUGCCUUUGAUCACCGCCUUUGGUUUCCGUUUUGAUUUUCUCGAGAUUCCAAUGGCCCCGUUUCAUUUUGCGGAUUGAGAAUUUGUUUUCUUUUUUUUUUUUUUGCUCCGAAUUGGGAUUGAAGUGUGUUUGGAGAUUGUGAUUGUGAUUAUGUCUGAAUUGGUGGCCCGCACGGGGCGGCAUCAACAGCGGUACGAGAACGGUUAUCGCCUUGUUGCUGGAUGUGUCCCCUUUAGGUACAAAAGUUCUGAUGAUUGUGGGAACUCUAACUCUGGGAGGAAUGUUGAAGUUCUUCUGAUUAAUUCACCAAGUGGACCAGGUCUUUUGUUUCCAAAGGGAGGUUGGGAGAAUGACGAAACUGUUGAAGAGGCGGCAACAAGAGAAGCUAUUGAGGAAGCGGGUGUUCGUGGAGACAUAAUGGAUUUUCUUGGGUACUAUGAGUUUAGGAGUAAAACCCACCAAGACGAGUUCAGUCCAGAGGGUUUAUGUAAAGCAGCAAUGUUUGCAUUGCUUGUCAAGGAGGAACUUGAGCUAUGGCCUGAGCAAAGUACGAGAAACCGGAGUUGGCUGGCUGUAUCGGAGGCACUCGGAAGCCUCCGGCAUGCAUGGAUGAGGGAUGCUCUUGAUUGCUUCUGUAAAUGGCAUGAGGAUAAGUUGGUGAAUGGAACAGGAUUUAUCUGAUCUAGACCGAUUUGCUGAGGGGUAACAUUACUUUAGGAAAGAUAUAUCUCAUCAGAAUUACAUAGUUAUUGUUUCUAAGUUUGGGAAUUGGUCUCUGAUUUUUUUCAAUUCAGAGUAAUUCAUUAACAUUGAAUUUUAGCUGAGGCACUCGUUCAAGUUGUUCUAAUUCUUUAUAUG